AUUCAUUCGAGUUUAGUUGGUCUCCGGGACAGUGUAAACUUGGGUCAUACAGUUAAGUAGAUAUUGGUUAGACGGUAUUAAUAGUGCAACAUGAUGAAAUUACUGAUUGGACUGCUGCUGGUUGGAUUUUCCAUAGAAAGUCGUGCACAGUUAACAUGUUUCGAAUGCAAUAAUUGUGGCGAUCCAUUCGAUCGCAACGCACACACUGCCCAAAGCUGUCCAGGGUUGGCACCUACAACAGUAACACCUCCGGACACAGGAACCACCACGGUUGAGCCACCAAUACCCCCUAGCCCUGAAAUUCCAGAACUCACCACUUCGGAGCCUACAGCUCCAACUACUACAGUUGCUCCAGAUACAACCACUGUCACUGUAGGACCUGAACUAACUCCACCACCGAUCGGCCGCCGGAAAAGACAAACUGAAUCCUACCGGUGCUACAUCAUGGUUAACAACGGAGUCACCCAGCGUGGAUGUACCCCACACGGUAACGAUUUUGCCGAGACUUGCCGUACCAUCAACGCUGGCCAACAGCCCAAUGAUUGCCGACUUUGUGACUAUUCUGAGUGCAACAGCGCAAGCGGGUUGACCGUUUCUAUUAUGACAUUGAUGGCCACACUUCUUGUUGUUCUGAAAUUCUUCUAAAUAGUCUAAUCGAAAUUAUACUCCAAUCUCUCUCGAA